GAAGGACAGACUGCGCCGGACCAGUCGCCGCCGCCACCACUGCCGCCACCGCUGCCGCCACCACUGCCGCUGCCGUCGCCGUCGCCGUGAGGCUUCGAACCCGAACGCGAUCGAGCAUCGUCGAGCAACGGCGGAAACGUACGAGCGACGCGGUUCGAGCGACCGAGCGAGCGAUACGGCCGAGCAGUGCGGUGCCGACUCUUGCUGCCGCGGUUGCAGAUUCCGCGGUGUGUGUGUGCGCGCGUGUUUACACGACGAAAGAGAGAUAGACGGAGAGGAGAGAGAGAGAGAGAGAGAGGGAGAGAGCUCGCGGCCCGCGGAGGCCAGGAGGGCGGAAGAGAAAGAAAGAAGGAGAACGGAGGAGGUCGGAGGAGAGGAGAAACGCGAAAAAAGCGACGGGAAGGCGAACUCGUGCGAAGAACGGUGCGUGCACGUCCCUCUCGAGGAGGAUCGCGCAACACCGUGAGUACGUCCGCGCGUCUCGCUCGUGACGAAUCACGAGGCAUCGCGAGUAUCGGAGCGCGAAGCCGAGAGGAAGCCCGGUUGGUACCGCCGGCCGACGGAGAAGACGUGUGCGUCGCGCGACGCGGCCGGCAAGCGAUAAGCGCGCCAGUCGUUGCAUCGCGCGGCUGCCCUUAACGGGGCGUGGGUGCACCACCGCACCGCGUCGGUGCGCGUAAUUCAAAAGGUGCGCGCGGCGAUCGCGGCGAGAACAUGACAGACGACGCGGAGUGCGCGAUUUCGAGGCGGCACCGCGUCGCGGCCCGAGAGACGGUGAUAUAAAUCGGCGCGGCGAGGCGAAACGACAGGGAGAGCGAGAGAGCGAGAGAGCGAGAGACAAGGGGACGACGCGGGGAGAGAAGCUCCUCCUCCGAAAAAAAGAAAGUUCCCAAACGGAGUACGUCGCCGCGCGGCCAGUGAUCCCGUGUGUGGCUCGCGUGUUGCACGCGCGAGAACGCGUCCGGCGGUGAGUGUGCGCGAGUGCGAGAGAGAGAGAGAGAGAGAGACCAACCAGGCCGCGCGCGCGCGCGCGCGCGAGCGAGCGAGCGAGCGAGCGCGCGAGCGAGCGGACUCCGGCCAAGAAGGAAAGAAAGAGAGAACCGGAGAGACUUUCGCGGCUUCCGGCCUCGCGGCGCGGAAGCGGUCCGGCGAGGAGAGGAUGCUGGUAACCGAGUCGCCGACGGUCCUUACGAGGAGGACAACGAUGACGACCUCGCGGGGUCUCGACUGAGUCGCGCAAAGUGCCGCGUCGCGACCGACGUCGUCGCGACGGUGGCAUCGACGAGCGUCGUCGUCUCGACGACGUGCUCGAUUGUCGCGCGCGAUCGUUGACGCGAAGCGAGGAAGCGCGACGAGCCGCGCUCGGCGAUCGCCGACCGUCGAGGAGUCGCGAGAGAAAGUCCGUCGGGCUCGAGUCUCCAAGGCCUCAGUCGACGCAAAGUCACACAGUCCUGUCACGGUUCUCUCCGUUGACGAAACACCAUGAGCGAGAGCGUGUCCGAGCGACCGAUGACUGUCCUCGGAUCGCUUCGCCGCUAAAGACUGGAUAUCGCAUCCCGUGACCGUUGGCGAUUCUAGCAAUUGUGCGCGGGAAGAACAUUAUUCGCCGGAAGGUUGCGGCACGCGAGAGGCUCUCCGCGACGAGGAGAUUGUCGCGAUUAUUUCGCAAUCGUCGUAAUCAACGUGCUCGAGGACUUUUUUCUCGGAAUCAUCCGCGAUUCUAGUAAUCGCCUUCCCGAAGCCCGGUAUCGAUCCCGGGUCGGGUAACGUUCGCAAAGAGCUUUCGUCUCGUCGGAGGACCGCGUAUCCGCGUUACGUAAAGGAUUACUCGGACCCGUCCCUACUUCGCGACGACGCCGGCCGACGGCGGAGCUGCUUCCCCUAGACCCGCAUCGACCAACGACUCAGCCGAGAUGCAGGUAGCAACGCUGUUCAGGGAGAGCGCUACCCUGCUGGGCGCCUCCAGCCUGGACCCCCCGCAGACUCACCAUCAUCAGGGUAUGCACCAGCCGCAGCAGCAGCAGCAACAGCAGCAGCACCAGCAGAUGCAGCAGCAGCAGCACGCCACCGACAUGCACCUCGUCGGCCACCACAUGCAGCACCACUACAAGAUGUCGUAUCCGUCACCGGUACAGAAUGGAGGACCAAACGGCACGACGACGAUGAGUUGCACGACUUCUCAAGGGGUGAUGGUGAAGCAGGAGGCGAGGGACGACGGUUACGAGACGAGUCCGGACCUCGAGAUGAGGAGCACCGGCGGUGACAGCAGUCAGCAGUAUCACACGCCGCUGACACCACACACGCCGCACACACCGCACACGCCGCACACGCCCCUCACGCCGAUAUCGGCGACAGCGCAUCAACCCCAGCAGCCGGGCUCGACCGCCUCCGCCCUCGGACAGGUCGCGAUAAAAUGCGAGACGCCGGUGGACCCGUACUCGUUCGUGGACGAGGAGAUGUCGAUGGGUGGCAUGAGGACGGCGAGCAGUCCAGGCGGCGGCGGAGGCGGUAAUCCCGAGAACAUGACGUGUCCGGGCGGUGCCCAACCUGGACUGGGUACACCCACGUCGACGCCGCCCGGGGCGCUGCCCGGGCCACAACAUCAUCAGAUGAAUCUCGUGAUGAACGGCGCCGCCGGCGUCAAUCCCCAGCUGGCGCAUCAGCCGAAGAAGCGAGGCCGCAAAAAAAAGUCGGAGAUGAUACUCACCCCCGAGGAAGCGGAGCUUGCGGAGGCCAAGAAACGCGCAAAGACGUACAAAGAGAGGAAGAAGCACGACAGGUUCGACGGCAUGCCGGAAGAGGAAGUGAGCAAGCGCGUUUUGCCGGAUCAUCUCACCAACAACCUUGACAUUAUUAUAAUUGGUAUCAAUCCCGGAUUAUUUGCGGCAUACAAAGGACAUCACUAUGCUGGGCCUGGAAAUCACUUCUGGAAAUGUCUACAUUUGAGCGGUCUCACGCCCGAGCCAUUGACAGCGGACGACGAUUACAAGCUUUUGCGCCUGGGCAUCGGUUUUACAAAUAUGGUAGCACGUGCGACGAAAGGCAGUGCGGAUCUCACAAGAAAGGAAAUUAAAGAAGGAAGUCACAUUCUGCUCGAGAAAUUACGAAAAUACAAGCCAAAAAUCGCCGUGUUCAACGGCAAACUCAUAUACGAGGUGUUCUCGGGAAAGAAGGAGUUUGGAUUCGGAAGACAGCCUAAUCUCGUCGACGGCACAAACACGUACAUGUGGGUGAUGCCUUCGAGCAGCGCGAGGUGUGCCCAGUUACCACGGGCUGCCGACAAGGUGCCAUAUUACGCGGCCCUGAAGAAGUUCCGCGACUAUCUGAACGGCUCGAUCCCGCAUCUGGAUGAGUCGGACAUCGUGUUCGCCGAUUCGAAACUCAAGAAGAAGGAUCAUGAAGCGAUCGAGGACAAGAAGCCACUGUACAUUGACGACUUGCCCGAUGGCGAGAACCGAAUCACGGAGAUCAACGGUGCGCUGAAACAGGACUCGGGCCUGAUACCCGGCAAGAAAAAGCGCGGCAGACCGAAGAAGAUUAAGAACCCGGAAGAUCAGCCGCCACCGGAUCCCGAGAAGUUGGACGCGAACGGGGAGGUCAUCAAGAAGCGUCGCGGUCGCCCGAAGAAGAUACAUCAGCAGCAGAAGCAGUUGGAGCGGGAGACUCGCGAGAGGGAGCAACAGCAACAGCAGCAGCAACAUCAGGCGAUGGGUCAUCUGAACGACUACGGCAACGCCGUGUCGAACUGCUUCUCACCGCCGUUGAUGUCCCCCCCGAAAGCUUUUGCGCAUAUGGCUCCGUAUCCGCAACCGAUGAACGACGGCUUUUACGGCCAGGGAAUGAACGAUAAUAGCCCGUACAACAUGAGCGCGAAACAGAGCCCGGUACACAUGCACUAUACCCAGAGUCCCAAGUCCUCUCAGUCCAUGUCGCUAUCGUUUACGCAUUCUGACCUGUCGUCGGAGAUCAAUACGGGAAUAUCGUCGGAGAACAAUCUCGAGCCGUCGCCACUAACGUCGCCCAGCGUCGAACAUCCGGACUUUGAGCCACCCAGCAGCAUGUCGCAGCAGAACAUGGGCAACGACCAUCGCCAGUACAAUCCGGCCGGUGGGCCCGAUCCAACCGGUCAUCACGGUAGUCCCGGCACGCCGUCUCACGCCUAUGCCAAUUAUAUGGGCUACCACGAUCAGACGCCGGAGGCGCAUAAUCCGCAUCCGCAUCAAACGACGCCGACGCCCCUCAGCCAGACCGCCGAAGACCACUCUCAUCACUCGCAUCCGACGCCGCCACAUCCGCACACGCCUACGCACACGUCCAUGUCACCGCACCAUCCGCACGAGCAGUACGGCAUCAAGAGGAAUUCCGGCCAAGAUGUGGCGUCCAAAAGUUUGAGCGAUCUGGAAUCCCUGGUCGAUCAGAUCCCGAGCAUAGCCGACGGUGGCAGUCAGCGUCUACAGCAUUCGCAUCCGGGUAUGCCAGGCGACGACGCUCUAGCGGAGAAGAUGGAUGCCCAUCAUCAGUCCUACAUGUCCGGUUUCGGCGGCAUGCCAGCCGGACCGACCGGGAUGUCCAAUUAUAGUCCCCCGUUACCGCCGGGCGGCGGAAUCUAUCCCAGCUCGCUGCAUCACUCGCCAAACGACGGGGUUUACGGAAGUCUAUACGGCAUGAAUGGUCGUCAUCAUCAGGAGUCUCAACAGCAGCAGCAACAGCAGCAACAACAGCAUCAACAGCAGCAGCAGCAGCAGCACAGCAAAUCUUACACGGUGGAGAAUCUCGCGUCCAGUAAUUACACUCCCAGCAUGAAUCAUCCCGGUAACUCGUAUCCCAACAUCAUACCCGGACCGCAUUAUCCAGUGCCGAUGGGCUCCACCAACGGCUACCUGUUCGGCGGCCUCGAGUCCAGCCUGAUGCAGCGAACCUACGGGAUCGGCGGAAUGAGCGGCAUGAGCGGCAUGCACCCGUCCGCCGCCCUCGGUCAUCCGAUGGCGGCUAACCCGUACCCGUACAACGGCUCAUAUUCGAGUUCCUUCGACGCUUAUCCGGCACCACCGGCGGCGAUACACGCGCCCAGCGCCAAUUAUCCCGGCUACGUCAGCGCGGCUGGCGCGGCGCCCACCACCACCACGCCGUCGUCCUACCUCGCACCGUCGCAUCACAGACCGCCGGUCGACCUCUCCUACGACGGUGUAUGAUAAUCGAUGUGAAGCACCGUAUCGUUCACCAUCCACCGACUAUCAUCGACCUUCAACGGCCCCCCCGCUCGGUCCCCGCCCCGCCUGUCGAUCGCCUCCUGUUGCGAUACCGCGCGUAUGCCGCGCCGCGUUUAUCUUUUCUACGUAUUUUUACACAUGUCUCUUAAGGCUCUCAACGUCGGGGUCGCACCGCCGCGUGUCGUCUCCCCGAAUGCGUCGUCUCCCCCAUCCUCGAAUCGCAAACUCUCCUGCGACAUGCUACUCGCGAGCAAUUUGCGCGCGCUCUCUCUCGCACUUUAUCGAUCUACGGUCUGUCUCUAUCUUGCGAUUUUCCCUUCUCUUUCUCUCCUUUGCUCUCUAUCCGGCUCUACAUACAAGAUAUCCCAUCAUGGGCGCAAAUGAGAGAACAUAUAGACAUUAUUUCUUAUGAUAUCCGAAAGAUCUUUCUCUUUAUUUAAAACAUCGAGGUUCUAAUGUCAAUGAUGAAAUGUUCAUUAAAAUAAACAUGAUAAUAAAAAUUGAUAUAACGUUUA